CUAGUUUAUGGUCACCACUUUAGUUACUUUAUGUGACAAUCUAAUAUACACCCAAAAAAAUUGAAUUCCCUACUCAUCCUUCCGCUCCACUACCUUCUUCUGCAACCAGAUAACUCUUCCUUAUGGAGUAGUCCUAAUUCUCAAGUUAAGAACCCUAGGUUUAUGGAGGAAGACGAUGUAGAAGUUCUAUCAAUCUUCGGCGAUGAUUUCACGCAGGGCCGACUCAAGGAUUCUACUGUCACUACCGCUACUACUGCUAUGGUUACAGGGCCUUCCGAUCUUUGCUAUCAGUGUAGGUCUCAAUACAUGUGACAAAGCAUCUCAGGUCCAGUAUUAUGUGCAAUCACAUAUUCAAAUCAAUGAGUGCCACGAUCGUGUAAUAUUGGUGAGAGAACCAUUGAAGUCACUAUUUAACUGCCUUUGUCCGGUGUGUGGCAAGGAUCAAGAGUCUACAGAACAUACGUGUGUGACGUGUGCUUUCGCUCAAACGGUAUGGCAUUUAGUAUCGCAAUGGUGCAAGCUCCGUCCAAUCUAUGCAUUCCGGAGAAUCAUCUUUCAACCAUGCAAGCGACUGUUUGGCUACGAUAUCAGUUAUGCUGUUGAAAACAAGUUAACUAUAAUAUAUUAGUUUUUGUUUUAUCCUUGAUUUGUAAUUAUGAAACAUUGGUCAUUAAGUUUUGCAACAUCCUGGUGUUAAUUUUUUACAUUUAUAGUGAAAAUUUAUAAACUGCUAAAAAUGUACAUUUGCCUAAGUCAAAAGUCUGCCAAUUUAUUUUUUUUUAUCUAGUUUAUCAAAUUUACACUUGAAUGUUGAUCAAAGUUUGACUUUUAGUGACCUUCAAACGCAAAAUUAGUGUUAACUAUAGAGUGAUUAUUAUUGAACUUGUUGGAUUAAUUGGUAUUUCAUCAUAAAGUUAAGAUCUUAAUCAAUUAAAAAGGUGUACAAUAGUCUACUUGACUUUAAAAGUCAAGAAUGUGCAUUCAAGGUCGUAGAAUGCAGUUGACGUUGAAAGGUCAAGAAUGCUGUAACUUUGACAAAAUUUGGUAUUACCAGUAUCUUGAUCUGCACGAUGCAUUCAAGGUGUACAAUAGUCUAUUUAACUAUGGAUGGUGUGAGAGUCCGUUUAAAACUUAUAAAUCUAUAUAAAUAUUGCAUCCGCUUUUCAAUUUCAGUUAUUUUUAGCAAGAAAAUUUAAUAUCAUCAAACAAUGUUGGAUACCGUAUAAUUAGUUGUUAA